CUGAAGCAGUUGUUCGACUACGGAGCGUUCUUCCGGCAGCAGAUUGAGAAGAAAAAGCGGGACAACUCGUACCGCGUGUUUAAGCGUAUACUGCGCAGCAAGGAUCAGUUCCCCUCGGCCGUAGAGACCAGCCACGGGAGCCACAACAUCACCAUCUGGUGCAGCAACGACUACAUGGAGCUCAGCAUGCACCCAAAAGUUCUGGAGGCCAUCAGGUGA